GAGCACCCCGUGCGUGCGGCAGGGACGGCAAACGGCUGCCCCGCGCUCCAUUACUCAUUCCUUAGCUCCCGUCCAAGCGCCGGAAGCGCGGGCACCAGCCCUUCGUGCGCGGGCGGCGAACCAGUAGCAGGCUCACAGGGAGAGGCUGUCUGUGGGAGCAGCCCCGCGCGCGCGCCAAGGGGCGGCGGGACGCUGCCCGUGAGUCACCGGCGCGCGCCUGAAGCAAGGCGGGCUGCCGGAGCAGAGCAACCAUGCCGCGGCGCCGGAGCCGCCGCCGCAGCGUCGACUACGACCUACGCGAAAGGCUCACGGGCCGCACCUUGCAAUAUCUAGACGUGGACUACCUCGAUUCAACCGGCGCCCUCAUCAAUACAACAAAGUACAUUACGCUCACAAAACGAAAGACGGCACAAAAACUUUGGAGGAACCCGCACGAGCUCGUCUGCCUCGGUAGCACGAAACCAUCCUCACCCGUCGAGUGGAAUGGCUUUUCCCGGGACCACCGUACGUCAAAGAACGCCCACGCCUUGCUUCAUGAGUUGAGAUGCUUCUUCGACGCGUCGUACCGCCUCCACCAGGUGCGCAUGGCGACGAAGGCGCAGAUGCGCACGUUGGAUCUCGGCUGCGUGCAGCUCUUCGAGAAGUAUGACCUCGAUGGGAGUGGAUGCAUCGACCGCGACGAGCUCGGCAAGGCUAUUCGUCAUUCUCUGCACUUGAACAUCCGCGAGACGGAAGUUGAUGUAAUAAUGAGUGAAAUAGAUAAGGACGGAGGCGGCGAUGUGGAUGUGGACGAGUUCUCGGCCUGGCUCUUCGCGCCGUCGUCGGAGCCGUGGCUGGAUAAGAAGAGAAGGUAUCCAGAUGACCUUCUCCUACUGAGGAGGGAUAUAGCGCGCUUCGACCCCAUGGUGAGGAAGCUGCUGGAGGGCUUCUGGCAGGUCUGCGAUCGAGAUAAGAGUGGUAGCAUCGACUUGGAGGAGUAUCUGUUUCUCCACCUGAACCUCUAUGCGGCGAUGAACGUCGAAGCCACGCAGAAGGAGGGCUGGCAGGACGAGGCUCGAGUCGUGGCGACGCGGGAGUGGGACUUCGAUCGGCAGGGGCACUCCUCGUUAAAUCGGGACCGGUUCUUCACGUCGUUCUACCAGAUCGUGGACGCCUGGUUAGUAGGUGAGCCUACGACGCAAGCGUACGUGAAGUUUCUCUGUUUUCUGCUGGAUCGGAUCACGGUGCAAGACGAUGAUCCCGAUGAUGACGGUGUACGUCGGGUCAGUCUACGGUGGGAGGCGGACCCGCUGUGGUUGGAAACCCUAGAACCUCUGGCAGAUGUCCUUCCGGAGGAUAACCUCGACGCGUCGCGGCCUGUGUGGAGAUCAACCAGUGCGCCUGAUAGAACCGGCAUCGCCACGCCAUCGAGCAGGCGUCGCGUCGAUGGCGAGCGCGCCGUAAAAUUUUGAUUUCCACACAGGUCGCUCCCGGACAUGGAACGGAGGUUGGCGAGGGGCGCGGACAAGUGCAUCCACGCCGUGCCCGGGCUGCUGGAAGCUGUAAGUGGAGCCGGGCUCGACGCGCUGCUUUCUACGAGGCCGCGUAUUGAUGGAGAGGUCGACCUCGGCGAGGUCUUCCCGGCCGACGAGGCGAGCGUUCACAGUGAAGAGGAUUCGGUGCAGCAGGCGGUCAAGGCGGCGGUCCAGGAGGCGUUCGCGGCGCGCGCGUCGUCGUCGUCGUCGUCCUCGUCGGAAUCGGACUCGGAGCCCGAAGAACCGGAGCCCGUAGAGCCCGAAAUCGUCUUCGAGGAGCCCGCAGUAAUGACGGAGGAGGACAACCGACUCAUGGAGGAGCUCGAGAAGCGACGGCGGAAGAACGAGGAGGCACGAAGGCGCAAGGACUUCCUCGCGAACGAACAGAAGAAGAUGGAAGCUAAGCUCGAGAAGAAGCGGUUGAAGGAGGAGGCGAAACAGGAGCGCAAACGAUUGAAGGCCGAGGCGAAAGCUGCGGCCAAAGAACAGAAGCGGGCCGAGCGCGAGGCGCGCAAGGCGUCGGCCGAGGUGCCCGUGGCAGAGGAGCCGUCCUGGGAGGAGAAAUUAGCUGCGGAAGAAGCGAAGCAAGCGACGGACGCCAAGGCGGCGAAGAAACGCGCGAAACAGGAAGCGCUCGAGCGCAAACGUUUGAGACAACAGCAGCGCGAUGUGGAAAAAAGGAAGCGUUUACUCGAGGCCGAAGAAAAGCGUGCGAAGCGCGAGGAGGCCGCUGCCCAGAAGAUCAAGGAGGCCCAAGCAUCGGGCGACGCGGCGCGCGCUCGUAAUAUCCAGGAGGAGUUGGCUCGUGCGAACAGAGCUUCGUCCGAAGAGGAGGCGCGCCUCCAGCGGCUGCAGCAGGAGGAGGACGCGCAGGAUGAAUUAGCGGCUAAAUUAGCAGCCAAAGAAGAGCGGCGGCGCCGGAAGGCCGAGGCCCGGGCGCUGGAGGCGGAGGCUUUGAGGGAGGCCAAGGCCGAGAGAAAACGCGCUCGAGAAUUAGCUAGACUGCAGCAAGAGGUCGAAAUAGGUUCCGUGCAGGAAUCUAGUGAUGACGAGGAGGCCGCCGCCUGGCGCCGAGCGAGGAAGGAGGACGCUCGUAGGCGUAAACAAGAGGCCAAGGAAGCGAAAAGACUCGCGAAGCUCGAAAAAAGGCGCGCCAAGGAGUUGGAAAAACAGUUUGAGGGCGACCAAUUGAAGGCCGCUGCUCAAGCGCGGGAGGAGCGGCGUCUCCAGCAGGAUCUGGAGCGACGCGAGCUCGCCGAGGCGGAACGCCUCCGGAGGAACGAGGAACGUUCUAGGAGGAGGCAGGAACGCUUACAGGAGGCUCAAAGGUUAAUUGAGGAGGCCGAGCAAGCAGGCGACGCGCAGAAGGCCGAGAUGAUCACUGCCGAGCUGCAGCGGGAGGCGCGGGCUUCACUUGAACGAGCUCAGGAGGAGGAUGCACGGGAAGAACGGCAGGAUUUGAAAGACCACUCCAUACGACUGCGGAUGACGGAGCGGGAGUGGAGGCAACAAUGUCGCGAGGAGGAGGCCGCGGAACGCUUGGCGGAGCGCGAGGAAGCGGCUGCAGAAAGGAGGCGGGAGCGGGAACGCCUCGAGGCUAUUGCAAGGGAGGAGCGCGCCAAACUAGCGGAGGCGGCCCUGGCUCGGUGCGAGGACGCGUCGGAGAUCCGGCGUAUUAAGGCAGAGUUACAGAAAGCUGAUGCCGAGUCGAAGGCUGAAUUGGCGGCGAAGAACCUGGCGGCGCAGCAGGAGCUCGAGCGCCAGACUCGUCUUACCAGAGAGAAGAUCGAGCAGGAGGCGGCAUUGGCGAGGGAGGAAUUGAGAGCACAGCGCGAGGAGGAGCGGCGCGUGGAACAUGAGAAUUACGCUAAGAGACGCUUGGAGCGCGAGGCCCAGGCCGCUUCAAGGAUCGAGGAGGCUCGAUUAGCGGGUGACGCGAAGGCCGCCGAGCAGAUUGCUAAAGAACUUGCCGUGGCCAACAGACGGUCGCGCGAACAACUCGAAGAGGCGAACCGGGCGGCGGCCGAGGCGCAGUCGCGUGAGGAGGCCGCGGAGCAGCGGUUACUAAGGCGGGCGGCGCGCGCCGAGGCGCGUCGCCUGAAGGAGAAAGAAGCUGCAAUGAAGAGACAGCUCAAGUACGACGAGGCGUCGAAGCGGCGACAGCAGCGCGAGGCCGAGGACGACGCCCUCGCCGAGAAAAUGAGGAAGCGGCAGGACGAGGCCGAGGCUCGUCGAAAGCUCCGGGAGGAGGAGGCGGCCGCAAAAAUCGCCGAAGCGAAGAGAGUAGGUGAUGAGAAGGAGGCGCUGCGGCUCGCGGCUGUGAAGGCCGAGGCCGAUCGACUCGAGGCCGAAAAGCUCGCUCUAGAGGAGGACCAGUUGCGGAUGAAGCGCGCGGCGCUCGCCGAGGCCGCGCGCGCGUCGCGCGAAGAAGUCAGCUUGUCUCGAGACAGCAUCAGCCUGACCGACUCGUCCUCGGAGUCGUCGUCGGAGUCGGACUCGUCGAGCGACUCGUCGGACGGCGAGGAGGUACCUCAUACAAACAAGGACGCCAUGUUCGGGUUGCUACGGGCGAAGGGCGCCGUGCAUCGACGGGUGACGAGGAACCGGAAGACUGCUGACGCCAUCGGCCGCGCGGGGGCCUCCGUGUUCGGCGCUCCUCCGAAAGUCGAAGCCAAGGCCGACAUGUACCGCAAGCGCGCCCAGGAAGAACGGGAGAACGUCGCACGGUGGACGCCCGUCGCAGAACCUCCUCGAGUUCAGGCGCCGCCCGUUGUUGUUCAGACGCACAUUCCGGAACCCGUGGUGGUGGCCCCUCGUAUUGAUGUGGACUGGGCGGCGGAGGUCGCGAACGCACGGGAUGACGCGGGCUCCGAGGAGGCGUGCCGGAGGUCCGUGGCGACGUCGGACGGUGAUUUAGGCGUAUCAAAGCAUCAACAACGGCGCCAUCGACUGACGCGGGCCUACGCGUCGAGGCCGUCGCGGCGGCCAUCCGAUGCGCGAGCUCUACCUGCCAAUACGUUAUCUCUGGGGAACGACCCCGUGGUCAGACGGGACCCCUACACGCAGCAGGACCUGCCAUCGUCGACCCUCGCGGAGCCCGAGUUUAACUGGGAGACGCGCUACGGCUUGCAUGAAGAAGAGCCAAACUGGGCCCAGGCGCUACGGUCGGUACUGGACAAAGCAAGGGAGCCGCGGUCCCUAAGACAUCUGCGGAGCGUCUUCCUGCCCGAGAAGGGCCUCUCGUCGGGCGGUUGCAGCGUCUACACUAUGCCGCUCCAUAUUAGGGUGGAGGGCGCGGUCGACGACCAGCCCUCUUUACAAUCAUCCUCGUCCCCCUUGCGCGAGCCCGAACCUGCGAGAGCGGCCUCGCCGUCGUCGCUCGCGACGCAGCCGCGCGAGGCCAUCAAGCUGCCCGACCUUCCGUCGCCCGGCGGCACCGCUGAAGGCCCGCCGAUGCAACGGCCACGCACGCCGGCCUCGGCCUUGGCCGUGGAACGAGCCCGGGCGCGCCAGACCUUUCGCGGAAAACCAGAGCGACAAAAACGCGAGCCGAGGAAAGCCCUGCACACGCCGAAGGCGAAGAAACCGUCCCACCGGAUGUGGGACUGUGAUGACCCUCGUUUUUGUGAAGGGACUCGCCAGCCGGACUGGGCGUUACGCUUACCGUCUGCCGGCAAAAUGGACGCCUGCUUCCUCGACGCCUCGAUCGGCUUGUUGGAGGCGUCGUCGACGAUGGCCCGGCCGGCGACGGCCGCGCGGGCUUUGUCGGAUUUUGAACGCCUCCCGGUCCCGGACGACAACGGCUUCUUCCCCGCGUCGCCUCAAAGUAGAGGCUCGCCGAUGUCCAGGGGCUCGCGCCGCUUUCCCUCGCCCGGCCAGAGCCUCCAGGCGCGGCAAUUCUUUCCCCCGGCGCGCGGCUAGGCUUCUCUUGUAAAUGGUUUUCGAAUGCACAAGUUCUUACACGUA